UUCCCCCACCUUCCAAUAACGACCUUUUCUACCUUCACUUUUAUUACCAUGUAUACAAAAAUUUAGAGAGAGACAACAAAACAGAGAAAACCCAAUCCCAAAAGAACCCAACCCAUCAAAACAGCAAAAUAGCAUUCCAAAACAAAACAGAGGGAAAACAGAGAGGCCACUGUCAACCCAAUUGAAAAAUAUUACAACUUGGCUUUUUUUUUUUUUUUUUUUUUCUUUUACUCCACAUCUACUCUUUCAUUAGGGUUGCCCCCAUUUCCUCAUGCUCACUUCACCUAACAAUCUCCUGCAAAAUUGACACCCAUCGCUUGUUCUUGUCAUUACUAGUGUCCGAACAUAUAAUUCUAAUAUACAUAUAUAGAUAGAUAUAGAUGUACUCCAGCAAUUGGACAGGGUUCAUUCUGGCUAUGGUGUCAAGCGCCUUUAUUGGAUCCAGCUUCAUCAUCAAGAAAAAGGGUCUUCGUCGAGCCAGUGCCAAUGGCCCUCGUGCUAGUGUUGGAGGAUAUGGGUAUCUGUUAGAGCCUCUAUGGUGGGUAGGAAUGAUUACAAUGAUUGUUGGGGAGAUAGCAAAUUUUGUAGCGUACAUAUAUGCUCCUGCUGUGCUGGUGACGCCACUUGGUGCACUGAGUAUUAUUGUUAGUGCUGUUUUAGCGCAUUUCUUGUUGAAGGAGAAACUGCAGAAAAUGGGGAUCUUGGGGUGUCUUCUAUGUAUAGUAGGAUCCACAGUGAUUGUACUCCAUGCACCUGAAGAGCAGUCUCUUACCUCUGUAGAAGAAAUCUGGGAAUUAGCAACCCAACCAGCAUUUCUUUUGUAUACAGCCUCCGCCGUAGCUGUAGCAUUGGUACUGAUCUUAUAUUUUUCCCCCCGCUAUGGCCAAACCAACAUAAUGGUUUAUAUAGGAAUAUGCUCCAUAAUCGGAUCGUUGACUGUCAUGAGUGUAAAAGCCAUUGGCAUUGCAAUUAAACUCACGUUAGAGGGCACGAACCAGCUCAAAUACCUUCAGACAUGGAUUUUUGGAACGGUUGCAAUCACCUGUAUCAUUACUCAAUUAAAUUAUCUAAACAUGGCAUUGGAUACUUUCAACACUACAGUUGUUUCUCCUAUUUAUUACGCCAUGUUCACAUCUUUUACAAUACUUGCCAGUGCAAUAAUGUUUAAGGACUAUUCUGGUCAAAGUGUAAGCAGCAUAGCAUCAGAGCUUUGUGGGUUCAUAACUGUGUUAUCUGGGACAGCUGUAUUGCAUAGUACAAGAGAGCCAGAUCCUCCUACCGCUUCAGAUUUGUAUGCACCAAUAUCUCCAAAAGUUUCAUGGUUCAUCCAAGGCAAUGGAGAACUCUGGAAGCAGAAGGAAGAAGAUGGAUCACCCCCCAGUUUCAUCACAAUCUUGCGGCAAGACUAUUUCAAGUAACAAAAUAUGCAUGCAAUACUAGCACUUUCUAUCGUCACAUCUCAUCUCUUUGGUUCGGUAUGAAGGAUCAUCCCUGUGUUUCAUCCCAAUUCUCAAGCAAGAUUAUUUCAAGUAACAGAGUAUUCUUUGGACAUAAAUUUUGAAUCUGGGUGACACAUCUCCGCCAUUUUGCUUGAGAUUCCAUAUAUAUGCUUGUGCAGGCCAAAAGCUAAGAGAUGUAGUCAUUUUUGGCAGAGUUAGUUUACCCUUUUCAUCACCUUUACGGCAUGUCAAAAUCCAGUCUUUGGAGCACCAUCUUGUGGAAUUCCUGUAACGAUAGCUUCCCAGAAAGUGAUUUCUUCUCCUUUACCUGUCUCACUCUCAACUUUCUCUUCCCCUAGUGCUUAGCUACACCAUUUCUUUGUACAACAAAGUCCGGUCCUUGGUAUGCAGGCUAUUGGCAUGAGCUAACCCUUGUAUCAUGGUCCUUGUAAAUUAUAAUUGUUUAAUUGCAUUUAAAAAAAUAAUAGUUAAUUUAUUUGAAAAUUAUUACAUUUUUUAUUUUUCCA